AUGGCUAAAGCUUAUAGAAAAGAAGAUUUUGAUUAUAUUAUGUCAAAGGUUGCUAAAGUUGAUCAAAGAUUUAAGGAAUAUCUGGAGGAUGUUGGGUAUGAAAAAUGGUCUCGAUGUCACUCGCUUGUAAAUAGAAGUAGAAUGAUGACCUCUAAUAUAGCCGAAUGUAUUUACGGUUGUUUGGUUGAGGCUAGAAAACUUUCAAUUUUAGGUUUUCUUGAAGAAGUUAGAAUUUUAUUUGCCGCCUGGAAUUGUAAGAGCAACGAAAUUGCAUCUUACACAAAUACAACUCUUGGGAGAAGAUUUAAAGAAAUACUGACUCUUAAUGAGGUUAAAGCUCUACAGAUGACAGUUAAGCCAGCAGGUAGUUAUCUUUAUUGUGUAUAUGAUUCGAGACGGCGGUACAUUAUCGAUAUUAAGCGUGACACGUGCAACUGUGACUGGUGA